AUGGCUUCAGUGGCGCCUGGAGGGACUGGGCUGCCCAUCAUCGCCCAGAACUCGACCACACUUGGUGGGUUUCUGCCCCCGGUCGAGUCAAAUAAGGCUUUGACCAUAGUUGCAAUCUCGUUCAUCUUCCUCCUUCUGCCAUACGCGUUUCCCAAUAUCCCAUUCCGACCACACAUCAGCUCUGGCAAGAAGCCUGCAAAGGGAUCGAGCCUCAUUCCUCUUACUUGGUCUCACUUGAGAGGGGUCUUCGACGUCCUGAAGUUCCUCACCGUGUCCGACCUCUUUCAUCGAGCCUCACCACUUCAAAUCAAGUGGUUCAACUUCAGCUGCUACAUCGUUCAAGGUGCAAGCAACAUCCGAAGCACCUUCCAGAACAAGUCCCUCUCGACAUUCUUCUUCCAGGGCAUCUUCGUCCAUCGCGUCUUUCUGUUGCCUAAGAAAGACCUCGGCCUCUUCUGGACAGAAGAAGAAGAGGCAAAAGAAGAUGGCCCAUCCAAGCAUGGUGAAGAAGAGGUCCGCAAUGACUUCGGAGCUCGCAGUCAUCACCACAUCAGCAACCUCCUCUCUGGUCCAGGGACCAAGGGUUUCAAUGACCGUUUCGACGAAGCGUUGGCAAAGAACAUGCGAAACCUGGCCGCGGGCAACACGGAACACGAGCUCCAUGAUCUGAAGGAGUCGUUGGACAUGGAGAUUGUGCGGUCUUUCAUCGACACUCUAUGUGGGCCUUACUUGCUGAAGGAGAACCCCAUGUUUUUGGAGGACUGGCAAUACGUCCACGACAACAUUACCCUUCUGUUUCUUCGCCUUCCUAACUUCCUCAUGAGUCGCAUAUACCAAGCUCGAGAUAGGUGCCUCCGUGCUGUUCAAGAAUGGAACGAGUGGGCAGUUGCGAACUUCCACCCCGACACCAUCUCAGAAGACGGAUUCGAUCCUUACUGGGGCCACGCGUUCUUCCGCGAUCGUACAGCCAUGUACAUCGAUGUCGACCGAUUUCCUUUCUCUUCUAUCGCAGCUCACAACCUGGGGCUUCUCUGGGGAGGCACAGCAAACUCCUCACCGGCCGCUUUCUGGGCCAUCCUGGAGAUAUGCCGCGAUCCAGAGCUUAUGCGUGUAGUGAAAGAAGAGGUGGCAGACUGUCGCAUCGCGGAUGUCGAUGGCGGACCUCGUUUCGACAUGGAGAAACUCUUGAAGAAGCCGUUCUUGCAAGCCGUCUUUGCCGAGACCCUUCGCCUGAGAGUCCACGGUAUCAUCCCUCGCAAAACACCUGUCGAUGGAGUGAACGUGCGGGGUUCCCUUGUUCCCGGGCAUCGGCUAUUCUUCGUCAACUCGACUACUGAGCACAUGAACCCAUCUGUUUGGUGCACUGGGGCUGCCAGAAGCCACCCGCCCGAGGAGUUUUGGCCAGGGAGGUUCCUCUUGCCUGAGAAGACUAGUAGCGGAGAGUUUGUCUACAGCAUCAACGGCAAGUCGGGAUCGUGGCUGCCAUUCGGAGGCGGAGCGCACAUGUGCCCAGGACGAUUCCUCGCGAAGCGCAUUCUGAUAGGAUGCGUUGCUCAUUUCAUUACCUUAUAUGAUUGUGAGAUCACUUCUGAUAAGGCGGUGCGUGGAGAGACGGGUAUGAGCUUGAGAACCUUUGGCCUGGGAACUCUGCAUCCUUCGGGCCACGUCGGAGCACGUCUCAAAGCCCGUAACACGAGUUCGACCUGA